CAGACCACUAACUUAUUUAAUAAUAAUAUAUUAUACUCUUAAUAAAGAAGUUCAGUUAGAACACGAAAAUUAAACUACUCUCAAUUAUGGCGUCGAAUUCUGCAUCAGCGACAGCAGGAAAGCCCAUUAGAUGCAAAGCUGCAGUGUGCAGAAAAGCAGGGGAACCUCUGAUUAUUGAAGAAAUUGAGGUUGCUCCUCCUACUUCUUGGGAAGUUCGGAUUAAGAUUCUUUGUACUUCCUUAUGUCAUAGUGAUGUUACUUUUUGGAAAUUAUCAGAUGGACCAGUUUCAGCCUUCCCCAGAAUUCUCGGUCAUGAAGCAACUGGUGUGGUGGAGAGUGUAGGAGAAAAUGUAGAGGAAGUGAAAGAAGGUGACAUAGUAAUACCAGUAUUUCAAAGAAACUGUGGAGAAUGUAGAGAUUGCAAGUGUCCAAAGGGAAAUAUCUGUUCAAAAUUCCCUGAGGAUUUUCUGUGUGGAAUGCCUAGAGAUGGAAGCAGUAGGUUCAAGGACAAAAAUGGAGAAAAAUUGUACCAUACAUUAUGGGUUUCCAGCUUCACUGAGUAUACUGUUGUUGAUGUAACACAUGUGGUGAAGAUGAAUCCUCAUUUUCCAAUUGAUAAGGCUUCUUUACUUUCUUGUGGGGUUUCUACAGGAUUGGGAGCUGCAUGGAGAGUUGCAGAUAUUGAAGAAGGUUCUAUUGUAGCUGUAUUUGGACUAGGAGCCGUGGGACUAGCGGUCGUACAAGGAGCUAAGUUACGUGGAGCUUCAAAAAUAAUAGGUGUUGAUUUAAAUCCAGAAAAAUUUGAAAUUGGGAAGAAGUUUGGACUAACAGAUUUUAUUAACCCUACAACAUGUGGUGAGAAAUCGACUAGCCAGAUAAUAAAAGAGAUGAGUGAUGGUGGAGCUGACUAUUGCUUUGAAUGUAUUGGAUUGGCCUCCUUAAUGCAAGAGGCUUUUACAAGAUCUCGAAAGGGUACUGGAAAGACUGUAAUACUUGGAAUAGAGAUGCACGGCACACCGUUAAGUAUUAACCCUUAUGAAUUGGCGGCUGGAAAAACUAUUACAGGAUCCAUGUUUGGUGGUGUCAAAGCUAAACUUGACAUUCCCAUUUUUGCUAAUCAAUAUUUAAAUAAUGUAAGUUUCCUUGUACUUCUUGUUAUUUUAUUACACCUUUUCAAUUCAAUAAUUCUAGAUUUAAUUUAUUGUUGUGAAUAUUAUAUACUAAAAAGGUUUAACGAACCUAGCUACCACAUAUAUAAUUCCAAAAGGAUCGUGGCACUUUUAGUCACUCGAUUAUUAUUUAAUUUUUCUCAUGACAUUUAAUCGAUUAAGAAUAUUUUAUCUUUUUGAAUUAAUUGAAUGUGCAUUUUAUCUGCUUGCCGUUUGUGAGUAUUCACGAUUCAGAGGUGGAAUCAGAAUUUUUGAUAAGAGGGUUUAAAAUCUAAAAAAAUAGAUAUACGAAAUAACCGAAGGUAGUGGCGGAGUCAAAAAUUUCUUAAAGGGUGUCCAGAAAUAACAACUUGUUAUGUUAAGGGUGUCCAAAAUAAGUUAUUUAAUCAUUUUGUAUAUCAUUUUACUUGUAUAUGUGUUAAUUUUUUUUCGAUUAAUGGUGUCCAAUUGGACACCAUUGACAUUAUGUGGCUAUGCCACUGAUCGUAGGGGGUUCGACAUCUACUAUUUAUACCUAAAAAAUUAUUUUAACAAUAUAAAAACAAUAUAAUUUUCCGUCGAAGGAGUUCACGUGUGGCUCAGCCACUGAUUCACAUAAGUUUAUUUUAAUUAAUUACCAAUUGUUUCAUGGAUUAAGUUUCAAAUGUGUUAUAUAUGUUACGAUGGUAUUGUAGUCGUCGUGUAUCAGAAGGAUCAAAUUUAGAAUUUACUAACGAGGGACCAGAAGUAUUAUUAUUAUUAUUAUUAUUAUUAUUAUUAUUAUU